ACAAGGAAGGAUCAAUAAGAAAAGGCUAUUUGGCAAUAAAUCAGAUUUUCAAAAGCUGUUUUUCUUUUUGGAAGAGAAAGGUCAUAUUAGAAGGAGCCUCCAAAAAAAAAAAAAAAAAAAACAAAUCCAUUGCUGAGGGGUGAUUCUGACUCAUAGCGACUCUAUAGGACAGACUAGACCUGCCCUAUAAGGUUUCCAAGGCUGUAAAGCCUGACGGAAGCGGACUGCCACAUCUUUCUCCCUCGGAGCAGCUGGUAGGCUCCAGCCGCAGACCUUUUGGUUAGCAGCCAAGUGCUUUAAGCCUGCGCCACCAGGCUCCUUUCCAAGGAGCUUAGAGUUCCUUAAAGUGGCCAAACAGGACUAGUAAAUGGCAACUUUUUUUUUUUUAAUGCUGAUGUAAAGCUAUGAGUCGGAUUUACCUGGACAGUGGCUGGCUUGAAGUGCCCUGGGGAGAUGGUGAUUUAGGUUCCUGGGCAGAUCGAUCGCCACUCCAUGAAGCAGCAAGUCAAGGUCGCCUUCUUGCUCUGAGAACACUAUUAUCACAGGGCUAUAACGUAAACGCUGUUACUAUAGACCACGUCACCCCACUGCACGAAGCCUGCCUCGGAGGUCAUGUGGCAUGUGCUCGGACCCUUCUGGAAGCUGGGGCUAAUGUAAACGCAAUCACAAUAGAUGGUGUGACGCCAUUAUUCAACGCCUGCUCCCAAGGCAGUUCGAGUUGCACAGAACUGCUUUUGGAGUAUGGUGCCAAAGCCCAGCUGGAGUCAUGUCUUCCUUCUCCCACACAUGAGGCUGCUAGUAAAGGUCACCAUGAAUGUCUAGAAGUGCUGAUAUCCUGGGGCAUAGAUGUUGACCAAGACAUUCCUCAUUUGGGAACUCCCCUGUAUGUAGCUUGUAUGGCACAACAAUUCCAUUGCGUCCGGAAACUUCUUUAUGCUGGUGCUGAUGUACAGAAAGGCAAAUAUUGGGAUACCCCAUUGCACGCUGCUGCUCAACAAUCCAGUACAGAAAUUGUAAACCUACUGCUAGAAUUUGGAGCAGAUAUCAAUGCUAAAAACACGGAGCUUCUGCGACCUAUAGACGUUGCUGCUUCUAGCAGUUUGGUGGAAAGAAUACUGCUUCAGUGUGAGGCUACUCCAAGUUCUCUUUGCCAACUUUGCCGACUCUGUAUCCGAAGCUACAUAGGAAGACCAAGAUUGCACCUUAUUCCACAGCUCCAGCUGCCAACUUUACUGCAGAAUUUCUUACAGUACCGAUAAGGCAGUAAAAUAACCCUAAAUACUUUGAAAAUCAAAACUUUCUAUUUCAUCUGCAUAGUGUAUGUUUCAUAUUAAAAUCAAUAAAUAGAGGGUAGAACUGAGUCUGAGAACACCCAGGGAAGGAGUGGAAUAUCAAUUUCAAUUUUAAAUGUGCUAGUUAGCUUUAUUAUUUUAUGCAUCUUCACUGUCUUUGGACUAUUUAAAAAUAUCUAUAUAUUAUUAGCUAUUCCUACAUAUCUUUUUGUGGAUAUAGGAAAAAAAUGAGGAAAUUCUUCAUUUUAUGUUGUUUUUAGAGUGGAAAGGGAAAACAUGAACUCUUACUGAAAUUAUUCAAAUUGUAUUACAUUUUAAAAGGUCUAUAUCCUGCAAAAAUGACUUACAUCUUUCAUUCUGACCACUGUAAUUAAUUAUUUCUGUAUUUUUAAUAUCAAUACAAAUGAGUAUAGUUUAGGAGAAGUAACUAGUAUCUUUUUGAAAUAACAAUGACUCUUAUUCAAGAAACCUGUUACCUUGAAUAUACACUUGUCAUUAUAAUGAUCAAUUCCUAAAGGAAGGAUGAAUUGCUUCCCCCUCCAUCGAAGACACAAGUCACUUAACUUUACCACCUUCACUGGGUCUGUUACAGAAAUUGGUAGGACUAAAAGUUAGUACUACCCUCUCACCUUGAGAUGUUUGGAACAUUUUAUACCUGC